GUUCGCCCCGCGCGCGCGUUUGUAAACAAAGAUGGCGAAAUUGGAUUUUUCAUUGACAAAACUAAUUGAAGAGGUUCAAAAAAGGAGAUUGUUGUAUGACACAUUGGAUCCUCAGUACAGGGUGAAGCAGGCAAAAGAACGCGAGUGGAUAGAUGUGUGUCGCGAGGUGUGCAAAACUAACAACGAAAUAAAUGACUGGGACGAACUGAGUCCGAUAGAGAAAACCGAUUUCAUGAUAGAAGUAAAGAAAAAAUGGGGUUCACUCCGCGAUUGUUUCAAACGUGAGCUGAGAUUGUACAAGAAAAAUUCACACAACAAGAAGAAAUAUCUCUUCUUUGACGCCCUACUAUUCCUGGAACCCUUCUGCCAAUUCCGCGCUGAACGCGAUGGCAGUGAGAAUAUAAGUAUUCUAGAAGAACAAUAUAAAAGCGAAAUGGAUGGCAAUAAUGAUGUAACAGACGCUCAUAAUAAAUUAAUUAAAGAAGAAAUUUUCAUUACCGAUGACAAUAUAAAACAAGAGAGCGUCAGCAAUGAUUCAGAUAGAUUUCACGAAAUACCCAUUACAGAACCUGAAAUUGAAUGCAGAGUUGAUAUGAAUAAUAGAAUCAAAGUAAUGUCACCAGAGGAAUUGUCAACUGGUGAAACAAGUCGGAACACGUACUUUGUUAUAGAUGGUAACAGUGUUAAUUCAACAUAUACACGUACUUUUCAACGAAAAAGGAAAAGGGAUGUAGAUAAUACUAGUGAUUUGUAUGAAAAAAAUAUAAAGAGAAAAGAAUAUACAGAAGAAAUGAAUGAAGAUAAUGAAUCUAUAGAGAAUGUGCAAAGUAUUGAUGAUGAUCAAGCGUUUUUGAAUUCACUUCUGCCGACUUUUAAAGCUAUGACCACAGAACAGAAGUUCCGUCUAAGAAUUGAUAUUAUGCAUACUAUAUUAAAAUUUAAAAAAGAAAAUAAGAUUACAAAGUGAUUGAUAAAAUGUAGGAUUCUAUUAGAAGUACAAUUUCUAAUUUAGUUUACACAAAGUUGAAGAAAUUAUUUAAGCAUAAUAAAAUUUUACGUUAUAAUCGAAUGACAAAA